GGACAAAAUAAAAGACAACAUUUGAUUAAUUAUAAAAAUGAGGCUCGAAAUGAGUAUUUGAAAGUUUCUGAAAAGGCUAGAAAUAGAUUGCAAAAAUUAGAAAGAAAAAAGAUGUUGAAAAAUUGGAGAAUUCCCUAUAUCCCUGAAUAUAAUACAAAUGUCCCGGUUGAUGAUGAUUUUCCUUCAGAUCCUCCCACCCCAAUUCUCCCUAAUAUUCCUGAAGGUAUUGAUGCUCCCCUUGUAUCUGACCAUCUUCCUCCUAGACAAAUUAUAAAAAGGGGACAGACAGAAGAGUUUGAGGGUACAAAGAGAUGGAAAAAAGGAUAUGACGAAAAUAAAGAAGCAAAAUUAAGACGUGAACAGAGAAGAAGGGGAUAUUUACAAAGAAAAAGUCAUAUUCGGGAACAAAAGAUUCCUAUUGAUCAAACAGCAUUAGUUCAAACUCGUAGACAAGAUGAUAUCCAAAGACGUCAAAAAUUAAAAAGAAAAUGGGAAGGUCCAGACGAAAGUCCUCUAAUUGCUUUGAAAAGAGUAAAACCAGUGACAAAACAACAAUCUGCAAAAGCCGGUAGAGAAUGGAUGUUAAGACUUAUAAAAGCUAAACGUAAGGAGGCUGGUAUAAAAAGAUUUAAACCCACACUUUGGUAA